AUGAGCCAGACCGCAAAGCAGCUGCCAAUAAAGGAGUUUGACACAUCACUGAACCGGCUUGAAAAAGAGAAUUUUGAUUUGAAGCUGCAAAUAUCUCACCUAAGAUCAAAAUUAAAUGAGCUAACUAACUCAUCCCUCACAUUCAUUCCUACCUGCGACUGCAAAAGAACAAAAACAGAAACAAAGGAUGUUUUGUCUGAGGUAAAAGUGGAGAUGAAAAAUCUUUUGGACCAGAACGAAAUCAUGAAGGCGCAGAACACAGACCUGCUGGAAAAGCUUGAGGAUAUUCAGAGAGAAAACGAGUCUUUGCGGAAAGACUGUGUAAAGCUGUCGCAGCACAUAAGCGAGCAGACGAAAAGAGAGGCUGAAAGUAAGAAUGUUCUGCACGAAAUGAAGGCAGAAAUUGAGACUGUAAAGGAAGAAAUGGAAGAGGUUGAAAAGAUAAAGCAGCAGAAUAAAAUGCUUAAGGAGGAGUACAUGAGCUUAGAUCGAAUCGCAAAAAAGCUGGAGACAGAGUAUAAAGAGGAGUACUCGCAGUUUACCUCUGAGAAUGCAUCACUUCAGAAAGUUAAUAGCGAAAUGAGGGAGAGAAUAAAGAAAAUGGAAAGCCAGCUAGAAGAGCAGGCGCAGAGAAAUGCGCAGCUUGCAAGUGAGAACCAUGCACUCUGCAUAGAAAGAAGCGAACUCCAGCAGAACACAAGGACUUUAGAGUCUCUUAGGCAGAACAUCCAAAACCAGCUGCAUGUAAAGACCGACGAAGCACUCAAAACAAAAGAGAUCGGUGAGAAGCUUGUAAAUGAACUAAAAUCAAAGAGCAAGCAUGCACUGCUGCAGAAAGAAGAGGUGGAAAGAAGAGCCGAAGGAAUAAUAAAGAACAGAGAUAUGACAAUACACCAGCUAAAGGAUUUAAUAGAAAGGUCAACCACUGAGAUGCAAAAUGUAAAUAUAAAAGUGUCUGCCAUCCAGAGCGAAAUGGGGCAUUACAUUAAAUAUCUUGUGUCACUCAUUCACAGAAUAGCCAAGUUCUCUGGAGAGAUGGAUCGGGCGAAAAUGCUCUCUGCCUCUACUUUUGGGCAGUAUAAGUCCAGAGUCAUUCAUAUACAGAAUGAGCAGUCACAUAGGCAAGAUCUGAAGUCCCAGAGAGAAAAGGAGACCAUGCAAGACGUGGUGCUUGAUGCAAAGAGAGAGAUUGAAAGGAUCCAGGCAGAGAAGGAUAAGCUACUUGCAGAGCGGGAAGACCUGAUUGGCCGGCUGCACAUCACGCCAAACACGCUCAAAAUCGCCAAAGACCUGGGAAUAAACGAGUUCACAACGAUAGACAAUCUAUUCAUUACAUGGAAGACCUCGCAGGACCAGAUAGUGGAAGGCAUAACCAGAAAGCACAAAGCAGAAGGAAUGGAAAGAAGCAGAAAACUCGAGGAGUUCCAGACUAAGCUGCAGGCUGCUCUCUCUGAGCUUAAUUUAUGCAGGGCAUAUCUUGAAGAGAAGAAAAACAUUAUCAAAUCGAUUAGAAAGGCCCAAGGCCCCUCUUCUUUGCUGAAUAGAAUAGAUGUGUCAAAUAAGUAG